CCCGAGCCGGAGCGGUAGCGAAGCCGAAGAAGCCGAAGCGGGAUUCCCGGCCGGCGCGCACGCACGCACGCACGCGGGGGGCGGGGCCGGCGCGCGCCCGCCUGUCGCGACUGUCGGCUCCAAGGCCCAGGGGGAGGUGGCCUGUCGCGGGUCGCCCGGCUCCCGGAGGCGAAGGGGGCGCGGGCGGAUGGCGGAAGGCGGCCAGCCGCAGCAGCAGCCGCCUCAGCUCGGGCCCGGUGCCGCUGCCCGGGGCAUGAAGCGGGAGUCGGAGCUGGAGCUGCCGGUGCCCGGAGCGGGGGCAGACGGACCCGAGCCCGGCCUGAGCAAGCGGCCGCGCACCGAGGAGGCGGCCGACGGCGGGAUGCAGAACGAGCCGCUGACCCCAGGUUAUCAUGGAUUCCCAGCACGGGACAGCCAGGGUAACCAGGAGCCAACAACAACUCCUGACGCAAUGGUUCAGCCUUUUACUGCCAUCCCGUUUCCACCACCUCCACAGAACGGAAUUCCCACAGAAUACGGAGUGCCACACACUCAGGACUAUGCUGGCCAGACCAGUGAACAUAACCUGACGCUCUACGGGGGAACACAAGCCCAUGGAGAGCAGAGUAGCAAUUCACCCAGUAACCAGAAUGGAUCUCUCACGACAGAAGGUGGAGCACAGACAGAUGGACAACAGUCACAGACCCAAAGUAGUGAAAAUUCAGAGAGUAAAUCCACCCCCAAGCGGCUACAUGUCUCUAAUAUUCCCUUCCGCUUCCGGGACCCUGACCUCCGACAGAUGUUUGGGCAGUUUGGCAAAAUCCUAGAUGUGGAAAUAAUCUUUAAUGAGCGCGGCUCCAAGGGAUUCGGGUUCGUAACUUUCGAGAAUAGUGCUGAUGCAGACAGGGCCAGGGAGAAAUUGCACGGCACCGUGGUAGAGGGCCGUAAAAUCGAGGUGAAUAAUGCUACAGCACGUGUCAUGACCAAUAAGAAGAUGGUCACGCCAUAUGCAAACGGCUGGAAAUUAAGCCCAGUAGUUGGAGCUGUGUAUGGCCCUGAAUUAUAUGCAGCCUCCAGCUUUCAAGCUGAUGUGUCCCUGGGCAAUGAGGCGGCUGUGCCCCUGUCGGGAAGAGGAGGCAUCAACACUUACAUUCCUCUAAUCAGUCUCCCUUUAGUUCCUGGCUUCCCUUACCCAACUGCAGCCACCACGGCAGCCGCAUUCAGAGGAGCCCAUCUGAGAGGCAGAGGGCGGACAGUGUAUGGUGCAGUCCGAGCGGUACCUCCAACAGCCAUCCCCGCCUAUCCAGGUGUGGUUUACCAGGACGGAUUUUACGGUGCUGACCUCUAUAUAGAAUCUGCAAACUGCUUCAGAUCAAACAGGGUGGAUAUGCAGCCUACAGAUAUGCACAGCCUGCUACUGCAACCGCAGCCACAGCUGCUGCAGCCGCUGCAGCCGCUUACAGCGACGGUUACGGCAGGGUGUACACAGCUGACCCCUACCAUGCCCUCGCCCCUGCCGCCAGCUAUGGAGUUGGCGCUGUGGCGAGUUUGUACCGAGGUGGCUACAGCCGAUUUGCCCCCUACUGAAGUGACGUGAGACCCUGCAAGUGGGACAGCCCCCAGUUGAUGAGGCCUGGCUAUUGCAAUAUUUACUAGUAGAGGACUCUAUAGCAAGAUGAAGAGGAAACAAACAAACAAAAAGAGAAUACUUUUUAUACCUCACUAUGUUCUUUGAAUAUGUAUUUUUCCUUUAAAUUUCUGCCUUUAAUUCUUUUGUUCCAAAGAUUGUGCUUUUUUUUUUUUUUUUUUUUGGUUUGUUUUGUUUUUUUGUUUUGGAUUUGGGGGGGUUGUUUUGAUGAGAUUGUUUUUUGUUUUGGGGGAGUUUUUAGGUUUUUUGUUUUGGGUUUUUGUUUGUUUUUGAUUUUUUUAUUUUUUUAAACUGUGGUUAAAAAAAAAAGAUACUGCAUUUCCACGUCUGUAUGUCCGUGCUUAGCUUAUUCUGUCAGUCACAGAAGGCAGGAGGAAGGAGCUGAUAAAUGUAUUUGAUCAGAAGCCAGCAGUCAGAAUUACCAAAGUGUAUCUGGUGCUGAGUGGCUGGGGACAAGCAGGACUGCAGCAGUGCGCUCUUCCGGCCUGGCUGUGGCCGCCGGAGGCUCUGACUGGCUGUGGCCAGAACCCACGUGCUGCUAGGUAGGAGUCUGUGCUUGUAAAACGGAGCAUUUAAAGACGCUUUUCUCUCCUCUUCCCUCCUGUCUCUGCAUUCUUUUCACAGUCAUUUACACUCACAGCCUGGCAGUGCUGGCAUGCUUUGGGAAACACAGAGCUGGCAUUUCCCGGCACGCUCUCAGGCUGCGGAUAAGAGACACCUCAGUAGAAAACUGAUCUUGGAGUGAUCUCCAGAAUAGGAAACACAGAAUCCCAGCUUUCCUGCUGGGCUGCUGCCCCUUUCAUUGAGCCAAUGUGCAACUCAUCUAUUCUUUUAUUAACCUGCUACUCCCAUGUCCUCAAGAUUCAGGAAUUUAGGACCCUGGGGCAGAAGAAUGAAUAGUCCGUGGCCAGAUUUCCUCCCAGAUACCUGGGCACAGCUUGAGGAUUAAAGUACAGAUCGUUCCGAGCCAUUAAAGGAUGUGUAGGAGAGAAAAGGGGAUGUCCAACCUGAUAUCGCUUCCUUUUCUUGCAGCCCAAAGUCAGUACAGAGUAACAGGGGCAUCAGAAAGCCUGUGCCGGGCAAGUUAAGGAGCACAGCCCCUAGGUCGGCUAUCCCUACAAGUGUGGUAAUGAGUAAGAAGGGCAGGCAGAGGCCCUUUGUACUCACUCCAAAGCCAUAGGAAUCUCCAUCCUCCAAAGCCUCUAGGAGUCUCCCACCCUGUGCCCACUGCACCCAGCUUCACACUGUCCUCCAGAGUCACAGCUAAGCACCUGGACCCCUUGGGGAACAUUAACAGGACAGGCCAUGGAAUCCAAGCCUACCUUGGAAGGAAGGUGUAAAAUACAAGCUCUCCUGCAGGGCCCAUGGCAGUGAAACCUGGCUUCAGUUUUAUUUCCAAAGGACUUCUUCCCAGAUCUGAGGUGUACCCAAAUAAGGCAAGGGUCCCACAGAGGCUCCACAGUGAAGGCAUUAGGAAACUGGCAUGUCAGCUAGCUCCCUGGUCAGUCACCUAAGGGCUCGCUGCUAAAGGAGUUCAGAGACACGAGCUUCAGCUUUGCUUUGGUUUCUUUCAAGGUUAUUCUUAACUGGGGUUUUGGUUCUUUUGUCAUUGUCUUUGCCUCUGCCUCUACAAGUUUGUGACUGAUAAAUGACUCAUGCCCCUGAAUUACAAUGGCUGACGUCUGACCGCAUCAAGCAUCCUGUGUAAGCCAGGCCCUGGCCUGCAGUUGACACACACCAUCUUGCCCUCAGACCCUGUCGCCUGUGAUAUCUGAGGGACAGCGUAGAGGCAGAGACGUCAGUGCAGUCAUUGAUUCUGGGACAGUGUGUAGGCUGGGAAACAGCGCUGGCCAUCCAUCCACUGGCUGACUGUGGAGUCCCUUCCCCCAAGCCAAAGCUUAGUUUGUUACUAUUGUGACCAUUUUCAUUGUAUGUACGUAAAUAUUUGGGUUGGGGGAAGGGUGGGCUGGGGCCUCUUGGAAUUCUAAAGAAUGAGGGCAGAGGGAUUUUUUUUCUUUCUUUUAUUUCAAUUUGAGAAAAUUCCUGACUAAAGGAAUAGAAAUUUUGGGUCAUGUUUAAGAAGGGCCAUUCUCACAAAAGGCAAGCCUCCUCACCCGGCGGAGACUAGCCCAGUCCCUCAACAGUUGUGUCCACAAAGGGGAGAAAGGGGAAAGGAAUUGAGAAGCCUUCUUCCCUUGUCUCCUAGACAGGAAUAAGGGCGGCCAUGGCAGGGUAAGGAAGGCGGCUCCCACGGCCUGUGCUGGAGAGGCCUUCACGCACUUCAGUUCAGCUGGUUCUGGCUGAGGCCUCCAAGGCCGGUUGUUUGCCGUGUCUCUGCUGUGUGUACACUCUCCCAUGCCAUCUCCUCAGCUUCCUUUUCCAAGGAUGACUAUGUGGAGUUGGCCUUUUAUGCAAGGGUCAUUGGAUUUCAGGGUGAGCACUGAGAGUUGGGGCUCCCCGAGUGUCUGGAUUCCAACAUGUCUGUCUCGUGCGUGGUUAGUCCUCAAGGCCACAGUGCUGCUGUGUUGGACUGCUUCAGGAAGCAGGCUACAGGAGAUGGCGUUUUGUCAUAGGGUGCUAGGUGAUGGUUUCAGAAGGGUGACAGAUGUUGAACCUCAGAAUGAGAAGGACAUUUCCAAGCUUCGCAGGCAUCUGUAGCCUGAGCUCUCUAUGCUGCGGCUCUUACCUUAGAAGCUGGGCUCCUUUAAGGACAUGCAUACUGAAAACGUCCAUCUGGCUGUCCCUCUUUCAGCCCGGAGAGCUGCCUUAGGUCCUUCCUAGGACUUCUGUGUUACUUAGUUUGACCCCAGCCCAGGUCCACUGUGUUACUCUCGUUUUUAAGGCUCUCAGGUUCCCGGAACCUCCUGUCAGCAGGCACCGUCACCUGCAGCGGCCUCCGUCAGAAUUGAGCCAGUAUGCUUUCUUCCCUUGGAAACAGCCUGAUGCUUGGCUCUCGGUUUAAGGGGAGCCUGUGGCUUUUCUGAAAAUGUGGACUCUUCAGGGGCUGAACGGCUUAGUUUAGGCUGCGCUUUCCUAGAGGCGGAGCCUGCAGGCCUGUGACCACCUCCAUCCUGUAACUAGUCCUGUAGCUUCCAGACAAGGGGCUGUGAAUGAGUGGAGCAACCCCAAGGAUAUGCAAGAGGAACAUAGCAUGCCCUCCUUCCUGUGCCAGGCGAACAAGACCAGCCAAGGGCAGUCUGGAGCACGGGUGUCAGGAGCAGCAGGGAGCUGCCUACCGAACCUUCCCCUUUGGCCCAGCCGGUUCUCCACUACACGAAACUCUAGCAUGGCAAUGUUUGCAGAACUGCAGACUUCCCCGAUAUUAGGAGGAAAGGGACUUUGGGGGGUGGGGAAGGGUUGUGGUGUUUUAAAACAUAAGUUACCUGUUUGCACUGUUUUCAGAUAGGAAACAAUAGUGGGCACGGUGAACAUCUAAUGUAAACGUGUGUUUUAUUUUGUCAUGCUCUUGAGAAUGUCUGACCAUUUGUAGUAUACACCAGUGACACUUGAUUCUCUGUUGCAUAAAACACUCUAUUUUUGGAAACGUUGCUGUCCGGAAGCCUCUUCCCACCCUUUCCCUCUCCUGUGUACUCCUUCACCCCUGCUCCUCACAGCCAGGCAAUCGCAUGCCCGAGCCAGAGCGGGAAGCAGGGCCCUGUCCCAAGCAGGCUCUGGGUGUCCUAACCAGCAUGUGUCCUCUAAGUUACUGAGUGCAGGACAGUCCUUGGCAACUUUUCCUUUCGAAAGGCUCACCAACUACCACAGGUUGCCAAACUCUUGAGUGAGGCGCUGGACAUGAGCCAGGGGGCACAUGUCCCUGAAAUACUUUGGUUGGCUGUGGAAGCCAUGUUCUUAUGCAAGUUACCGAAACUGUAGCCAGUUACAGUGUACUCAGGAAAAACGGUAGAUGAGUUCAGCCAUGGUGGUGCUGGCUGGCAGGGAUUGGUAACUGAGAACUGCUCAUCAGCCAAAACUCAAGCUUGCCUUGACAAAGACCUCCAGCCUGGGGCAGCCCUGUCUGGUGGUUCUGUGUACAUGCCAGCACUGGGGGGGCUGCGUUCACCCUGGCAGGCAAAAAGGGAACAGCGAUGCUCUUUCCUUCCCCUCCCCCUCCGGUUACCAAUGCCAGAUUCCCAGGGGCACGCAAGUUUUUGAGUUUUUCAGAAAAUGCUUUUGGUUUGGUUUUUCUGGGGACUGACAUGCUCGAACGGCUGUCUGUCCCCAUCAGGACUCCUAGCUUAGCUGUUUUCUUAUAUUUUCUGUUCACAGUAUUUUUGUGUGUGCGUGCUUGUUGGGCAGCUCAUUUGGCUGCAUUAUAUAUCGAGUGAUGAACUGACCCCUCUUUUUUCCCCUAAGGGACAUGAGUUUUCCCCUUGUGUCACCAUUAUGCUUGUGAAUGGCUAGAGCCGCCCUGGGGCUGACACAUGCAAGGCUGCAGAGCAGACUGAGGCUCUAGGCUUCUGAGUCUCAAUCUUUUCAGGGCUCGAAGUCCCGCAGAGCCUCUCUUCUCCACAUCCCUGUGGCAAGGAGUGGCCUGCCUAGCUCGUGCAGUUCCCCAUGGCAAGACAGGUAGCACCGGGGCAUGGGGGCAUAACUCGGAUGCUUGUACAAUUGACCAUCUAGCCAUGUCUCCUUCCCUCCUGUCCUCUCACAAUCAGCCCCCUAGGACACCGGAGCUGCUUGCCCAGGGUCUUGUUUCCCUGCCGACUCCAGAGAAGCACCCAGGGCUUUGUGACAGUCUCUAAUUCCCUCCCCCCCCUAAGAACCAUAUUGUAUAGUAGCUUUCAGACCAUACAGUAUUCAUUGGGUUACUCCUAUUAUUAUCAAGUAGCUGGAAUUGUGAAGGUUGGAGUAGUUAGAUCUUUAGCUUUUAUUCCUUAUUUUUUGUAUUACUCUCCAUGUGUAUAAAUUAUUGAUCAUGUUGCUGGCUUUUAUAAACUCUAAGCAAAGGAGGAGCCCUGCCUCAGCCUUUGCAAACGGUAAUGAAGCACUGUUUUUAAAUAAAAGAGAGAAACACCA